AUGUUUGAAAUUACAUGCUUCUUUCUAAGUAAAUAUCGAACAUACCUUGCACUAUCACUAUUAAUCAAGUUGAACUUUAUUUCAUCUGAGAAAAUUAUUCGUUUUAACUCAUCAUCAGUAAUACCUAAAAUUUUUUUAGAUAAUCUAAAUCUUUUUUCAAUAUUUACACUUCUCAAUAAUGGCUUCUUCAAUAAAUGA